ACCAGGAAGACGCCUGCAGAGCCCGGCUGCUGGUGCAGCAGUGGCUGAGGCAGCGGGUGCUGCUGCAUCCGGACCUCCUGCCUCAGAGUCUCCUCCUAGUCUCCGGGUGGGGAGGUGGGACGUGGCCAGGCCAAGGUUGUGGUAGUGCGCAGUGCCCGCUGCGGCUUAGGGGGAAUUGAGGCUGAGGCCUGUCAGAGCCAGUCAGGGAGGCGCCCACAGUCCUGACAGGAUAAGAUGGCGGCGAUGGCGCCUGGAGGUGGUGGCAGUGGUGGCGGCGGUGUGAAUCCAUUCCUCAGCGAUUCGGACGAGGACGACGACGAGGUAGCGGCGACCGAGGAGCGGCGGGCAGGACUUCGGCUGGGUUCCGGGAGCGGCCUAGAUCCUGGCUCUGCGGACUCGCUGUCGCCCCAGGAUCCCGUGGCCUUAGGGAGCAGUGCGCGGCCAGGGCUCCCUGGGGAGGUGUCGGCGGCUGCGGUGGCACUGGGGGGCUGUGGGGAGACCCCUGCCCGCUUGUCCAUUGACGCGAUCGCGGCUCAGCUGUUGCGCGAUCAAUACUUGCUGACCGCUCUGGAGCUGCACACCGAGCUGUUAGAGAGUGGCCGCGAACUGCCUCGGCUGCGCGACUACUUCUCCAAUCCAGGCAACUUCGAGAGGCAGAGUGGGACUCCGCCGGGGAUGGGGGCGCCGGGGAUCCCUGGAGCAGCUGGCAUUGGAGGCGCAGGAGGUCGGGAACCGAGUACGACGUCUGGCGGGGGACAGCUCAAUCGAGCUGGGAGCAUCAGUACUCUUGAUUCUUUAGACUUUGCAAGAUACUCAGAUGAUGGGAACAGGGAAACAGAUGAAAGAGUGGCAGUCCUGGAGUUUGAACUACGGAAAGCCAAGGAGACCAUUCAGGCCCUCCGAGCCAACCUGACAAAGGCUGCAGAACAUGAAGUUCCUUUACAGGAACGAAAAAAUUACAAAUCAAGUCCUGAAAUUCAGGAACCAAUCAAACCUCUUGAAAAGAGAGCUCUAAACUUCUUAGUCAAUGAAUUUUUAUUGAAGAAUAACUACAAGCUUACAUCAAUAACCUUUUCAGAUGAAAAUGACGAUCAGGAUUUUGAACUAUGGGAUGAUGUAGGAUUAAACAUUCCAAAACCUCCAGACUUACUGCAACUCUACCGAGAUUUUGGAAACCAUCAGGUGACUGGGAAAGAUCUUGUGGAUGUGGCCAGUGGUGUAGAAGAAGAUGAAUUAGAGGCUCUUACACCAGUUUUAGGCAACCUUCCUCCAAGCCUUGAAACUCCUCAGACUGUAGAGAACUCCUUACUAGUACAGAAAUUAGAAGAUAAAAUUAGUUUAUUAAAUAGUGAGAAAUGGUCUUUGAUGGAGCAAAUCAGAAGACUUGAAAGUGAAAUGGACUUCCUCAAAAAUGAACACUUUGCCAUCCCAGUGGUUUGUGACUCUGUUCAGCCUUCUUUGGAUCAUAAAGACUCUGAAGACACUGGACAGAAUCCAGUUAUAAAUAGUUCAGACAAGGAAAAAGACAAGGAUAUCCAUCUCUCAAAAUCAGAUGAAGUGGAUUCCUCUAUUCCUAAGGAGAAUUUCCCAAGUUCUCUCCCCAGGAGAGAAAAAGAAGAAAUGCCCUCUUCUUCUCCAUCAAGUAAAAACACAGUCCAUUUUGAUAAACCCAAUAGGAAAUUGUCUCCUGCUUUCCACCAAGCUCUACUUUCUUUUUGUCGAAUGUCAGCAGAUAGUCGUUUAGGAUCAGAGGUGUCUCGGAUUGCAGACAGUGAGAAAAGUGUCAUGUUAAUGCUGGGACGCUGCCUGCCACACAUUGUUCCUAAUGUGCUGUUGGCAAAGAGAGAGAGAAUGGUUUUACACCUCUGUCAGGAGUUGAUUCCCCUCAUAUUGUGUACAGCAUGCCUACAUCCUGAGCCUAAAGAAAGAGAUCAGCUUCUCCAUAUACUUUUCAAUUUGAUCAAGAGGCCAGAUGAUGAGCAGAGGCAAAUGAUACUGACAGGUUGUGUGGCGUUUGCACGCCAUGUUGGACCAACACGUGUAGAAGCUGAACUUUUACCGCAGUGCUGGGAACAGAUUAACCACAAAUACCCGGAAAGACGUCUACUUGUAGCAGAAUCCUGUGGAGCAUUGGCACCUCACCUUCCUAAAGAAAUCCGUAGCUCCUUGGUUCUCUCAAUGUUGCAACAAAUGUUAAUGGAAGAUAAGGCAGAUUUAGUAAGAGAAGCUGUGAUCAAAAGCCUUGGCAUCAUUAUGGGAUACAUUGAUGAUCCAGACAAAUACCAACAGGGUUUUGAAUUGCUGCUCUCAGCCUUGGGUGAUCCCUCAGAAAGAGUAGUUAGUGCAACACAUCAAGUAUUUUUACCGGCCUAUGCUGCCUGGACUACAGAACUUGGAAAUUUACAGUCUCAUCUUAUACCUACAUUGCUGAACAAGAUAGAAAAACUUCUCAGGGAAGGAGAGCACGGGCUGGAUGAACAUAAGCUCCACAUGUAUCUUUCUGCUUUGCAGUCCUUGAUCCCCUCUCUCUUUGCGUUAGUGCUGCAGAAUGCGCCUUUCUCCAGCAAAGCCAAGCUUCAUGGUGAAGUGCCACAGAUAGAAGUGACUAGGUUCCCUCGGCCUAUGUCGCCUCUUCAAGAUGUGUCUACUAUAAUUGGAAGUCGUGAGCAAUUGGCAGUGCUCUUACAACUUUAUGAUUACCAGCUGGAACACGAGGGUACAACAGGCUGGGAGACUUUACUGUGGGUUGUCAAUCAAUUGUUGCCACAACUUAUAGAAAUAGUUGGCAAAAUUAAUGUUACUUCAACUGCCUGUGUCCAUGAAUUCUCCAGAUUUUUCUGGCGCCUUUGCCGGACAUUUGGCAAAAUUUUUACAAACACUAAGGUCAAACCUCAGUUCCAGGAGAUUUUAAGACUGUCUGAAGAAAACAUUGAUUCCUCAGCAGGAAAUGGGGUCCUCACUAAAGCUACUGUCCCCAUUUAUGCAACAGGAGUCCUUACGUGUUAUAUUCAGGAAGAAGACCGAAAGCUAUUAGUGGGAUUCUUAGAAGAUGUAAUGACCCUGCUUUCAUUAUCGCAUGCUCCUCUUGAUAGCUUGAAGGCUUCUUUUGUGGAACUGGGUGCAAAUCCAGCCUACCACGAGUUAUUAUUAACUGUUUUAUGGUAUGGUGUUGUCCAUACUUCAGCACUUGUGAGAUGUACCGCUGCUAGAAUGUUUGAGCUGACUCUUCGAGGCAUGAGUGAAGCGUUAGUUGACAAGCGGGUUGCUCCGGCCCUUGUUACCUUGUCCAGUGAUCCUGAAUUCUCUGUCCGGAUUGCCACAAUUCCGGCCUUUGGCACUAUUAUGGAAACGGUUAUUCAAAGAGAGUUGCUGGAAAGAGUGAAAAUGCAGUUGGCUUCUUUUCUGGAAGAUCCUCAGUACCAAGACCAGUAUUCUUUGCAUACAGAGAUCAUAAAAACAUUUGGUAGAGUUGGGCCUAAUGCAGAACCAAGGUUCCGAGAUGAGUUUGUUAUACCACACUUGCAUAAGUUAGCCUUGGUGAACAACUUACAAAUUGUGGAUUCUAAAAGACUGGAUAUUGCCACCCAUCUUUUUGAAGCUUACAGUGCACUUUCCUGUUGUUUCAUUUCAGAGGAUUUAAUGGUUAAUCACUUUUUACCUGGUCUCAGAUGUUUACGGACUGACAUGGAGCAUCUUUCUCCGGAGCACGAGGUUAUUUUAAGUUCCAUGAUAAAGGAAUGUGAACAAAAAGUAGAGAACAAGACCGUCCAAGAGCCUCAAGGCUCAAUGUCAAUUGCUGCAAGCUUAGUGAGUGAAGAUACAAAGACCAAGUUUUUGAACAAAAUGGGCCAGUUGACAACAUCAGGUGCCAUGUUGGCCAAUGUGUUUCAGAGAAAGAAGUAAAAGCAGGAAGGAAGCCCCCAGUAAACACUAAGAUGGACCUCAAGCAGACUGGUUCCUUGUACUUGAAGUACUUGCCUUUUUUAUUUCCUUGUUUUAUGUUCUUGCAUUAUAAUUUUAUCCUAACCUCCAAAGAUAUUUGCACUGCUUUUGAUUAUUGCUGUAUAUCUGUUAAUUUUGGAGUUAUAACUGUGGUGAUAGAAAAUUGAGUUUAUAGUCUGUAUCAAGUCCCUCUUCUGUGUUCUCGUCUUGCAGAAUAAAUUAUAUAUAUAUACAUAUAUAUAUAUAUAUAUAUAUAUAUAUAUAUAUAUAGUGAAGAGGUGUUUUUUUUUUAAUUUUUGGAUGGGAUAUUAGCAAAUAUCUGUAUUAUACACUAAGCUAUUACAAUGGUACUUAAAAUAAUGUAAAUUUGAAGUCACUGUUAUAAAGUAAUAAAAGUGGAGAUUACUUAAGUAUUUAAAUUAUGAAAGAAUAAUACAGACUUUUUAUUGUUUCGUAACUGACUAGAAAGAGCCACCAGCAUUACUCUGUGCCUUUUGGACUUCAGUUUGUGUGUCCGUAGGAAUUGUAUGCAUUCCAUUCACACGGUGUUUUAUAAUGCUGUGAUGAAUUUGAGUUACAAAUCCUACAGUAAGUAGAUAAUAAUGAAACUUUCCACAUUUCAGAGCUCUCAUGAAUAUUCUUUAAGUGCUAUUCAAACCUCCCCAGCAUUUACAUGCAUAUAAUGGACUUACCUGAGGAAAGACCGCACAGUAACAUGGGGAGUGAUAACCAAGGUGAAUUUUACAAACUGAUGUGUAAUAGAUUUAAAUAUUCAAAAAUAAAUGUAAGUAAGAGCUAAUAAUUGUGAAAUUCUUUCCCAAAUUUAAAUACACAGGAAAACAUGGUUUGAAUUUGAAAUUUAACACUUAUUUAUGUAAAAUAUUUUAUUUAAGAUAUUUUCUAACGAUUUUAAUUUCAGAGAUUAUCUUUUCAUUCUGUGUGUUACAAAGAAGUACCGAAAAGUUAAGGACAUUUGGGGGCUGCUUUUUUUCCCUCUAAACUAAAAACGACAUUAGCUAAAUUAUUACUGGUUAGUUAACACCUUGUCCCUUAAAGUCAGUGACUAUUCUUGUGUUUGAUAUAUAUUACACAGUCUUAAGUCAGUGUACAAUUCCACUGGAAUUUGAGAGUUGUCUAUAAAGUAAUGCAACUUGAAGUAGAGAAGAGUGGUACUGGCCAUAGAAGGGGGAUGAUUGGUUUGAGGGGUUAAUGUGAGGCCUUUUUGAAAAAAUGAAUAUUUUGAUAAAGAGAAUUCUUGUUUGAGCACAGUUGAUGCACAUAGGUGAUUCCCAUGUUUGUUGUAUAAACUGGUUUAAUACAUUUGGAACAUAGUUGGAUUACAUUCUCUUCCUGGGAAAGUUAGCUUACCACACAUUCAGGCUUAUAAAAUAAGUUGCCCUAGACAAAGCCAUUUAAAAAGUUCAUUCUGAAAUUAUUUCUUUUACCUAUAGUGAAAUAAUUGUUAAAAUUAGUCUUUCAGAAACUGUUGGAUUCUAGGCAUUCCUGAGAAAUUGAAAGUGGCUACCUUUCAUGUCAAAAAUGUUGAUCUAUUAUAAAUAAACUGUUUUUGCAUA